GCCGGGCUGUCCCGUCCCGGCGGCUGCCCCGGAGGCUGUCAGCGCCAUGCUGCUGCCGGGCUGGGCCGCGCUGGGCGGACGCGCUGUCCCGGUGGCUGUCAGCGCCAUGCUACCGCCGUGCUGGGCCGUGCUGAGCGGCCGGCCCCUGUGGAGUCCGGCCCUCCUCCUCAGGCCGGUGCCGGUGGGGGGCCGGCAGCUGCCUUUCUCCACAACCUGCGUGAGGUGCUCUAAGAACAGGCGGCUGAGGCAAAAAAGAAUCAUUUCGGAAAGGCAACUGACACGCUAUUUUGUGGAUCACCGGAAAGUGCGUGUGGUUGGAGGGCAAGGAGGAGGAGGGGGUCAUUCUUUUUAUAGUGAACCCAGAAAAAUAUUUGGAGGUCCUGAUGGAGGAAAUGGAGGUGAUGGGGGUCAUGUCAUUUUGAAAGCUGACCAGCAAAUGAAAUCACUUUCUUCAGUCCUCCCGUUCUAUCAGGGUUUUCAUGGAGAGAGAGGAGGAAGCAAAAACUGUUAUGGAGCUAAUGGUGCAUACACGUAUGUUAAAGUCCCUGUAGGUACAUUGGUUAAGGAGGAUGGGAAAGUUGUGGCUGACCUCACUCAGCAUGGUGAAGAGUAUGUUGCAGCUUAUGGAGGAGCUGGAGGGAAAGGUAAUCGCUUUUUUCUUUCCAAUGAAAACCGAGCUCCAACAUUAUUUACUCCAGGAGAGCCAGGUCAGGAAAGGGUCCUUCAUCUGGAACUCAAGACAACAGCUCAUGCAGGAUUGGUGGGCUUUCCCAAUGCUGGCAAAUCAUCGCUUUUGAGAGCAAUCUCCAGGGCCAAGCCAGCAGUGGCUGCCUACCCUUUCACAACUCUGAAUCCCCACGUUGGCAUUGUCCACUAUCAAGACUAUGAACAAGUAGCAGUUGCUGACAUUCCUGGCCUAAUAAAAGGUGCUCAUCAAAACAGGGGCCUCGGGGUGGCCUUCCUGAGGCAUAUUGAACGCUGCCGCUUUCUCUUGUAUGUGGUAGAUCUCUCUGUGUCUCAGCCAUGGAUUCAGCUGCAAGACUUAAAAUAUGAACUGGAGCAAUAUAAAAAAGGAUCGUCUGAGAGGCCCUGUGUUGUCAUCGGGAAUAAGAUUGACCUUGCUCAGUCCAGGAUCAAUCUGCCACGCCUUAAAGAACAGACAGAUCACCGGGUCAUUGCAUUGUCUGCGUUGACAGGAGACAACCUAGAGGAACUGUUGCUGCACUUGAGAGAACUGUACGACACUUAUGUGAAGACAGAACAAUCACGAGGGCAAAGCCCGGUCAAGUGGUAGGAACCAGAACUACUGUGAACUGUACUGGAAAGAGGAAAAAAAAAAUAUUAGAUUUCAUCUGUGUGAUUUUGGUUUUUUUUUAUGGUUUUGUUUUUAAAUGCAAGGGGCAUAGCAUGUGGACUUGUUCUGGACUGCUGCAUUGGAAAGGUUUUGUUUGUUUGGUCGCCUUUGAGGUGCCUGAAGUGUUUCACAACAAAAUUUGAAAAUUGUAAUCAUGAUGGGUGUUGAAUGGGAAACCUGGAUCUUGUUUGGCAUUAGAUAGUUCAUUAUGGAAUGAAGAGAAUGCUAUCUAGUAGAAAUGACUGAAAUUCAGCAUCUGCAGGAGAUGCUGGCUUGCUUUCUGAAUCAGAGUGAAGUGACUUCUCAAUUUUCACUAAUCAAAAAUUCUAAAAUAGAAAUAAGGUAGUCCCCGUUUAUCAGUGUUUAUACCAUAACCACUUUCAGUCAUCUUCUCUUAAACUUUUCUCCUGUUAUGGUUUUUUUUUUUUUCCAGAGGGCACACAGCUGCUCAGUGUUUUUAGUGAGGAGAAGCAUGAAACAGCUGCAAAUAAUGAUUGAAAUUAUUUUCUCAUUAGUAUAAAUAAUUAACUAUCUUUAAAUACUGGCAGCAGCUAAGUAGCUGUAUAAACUAGCUAGGAACAGUCAUUUGAGAUUCACUUCUGAGUUCUUCUCCAGUUUCCUUGUGGAAUUUCAAGCAAUGUUCUGAGAAAUCCUAUGCUUAUCCUAAAUAAAAGAAAAAUCUAACUCUUUGCCCCACCCCCUUUUUUUUUACUAUGUAAUUUUGUGGACAGUGUUCUUAAAUUUUAUCCUCUAGGAAUGCAGAAAUCUUAGUGGGUGUUUGCCCUCUCAUGCUGAAGAAAGAGCUGCUUCUGUGUACUCUGGUUAUUUUCUGUGUAAAAGAUUCUUAUCUUGGUAGUAUGUUUUGAUAAACUUUGAUUUUUCGCUAUUAAGCUUUUUCAUAAGGGACCCUAACGGGCUUGUGGAGUGCUGAGACACAAAUACUUCAGUAGUCAAGAGAAACAAUUGUUCUUGAGCCUUUACUUAUGUUUGUUUAUUUUUAAAGCAGAUUAACUUUGUGUUCCAAACCAGUAGUCUGGAAUUACAGACCUUGCACAUGCUUUUUCACAUCAAUGAAGUACAAAGUAAACUCAUCGGCACCAUCAUAAAAGAGAAGAUGUGAUGUUUGUAAACUUGGCUUUGUUUUUUCAGGAAAUAUAUUGGUUAAGGUUUAAGAACAGUUCAGUGCAUUAUAGAACAUGCACCUAUCGCUUGUCUUUGGUUAAGCUUUGUUAGCUUACAAAUAAGGAUUUUGUUAUGUUUAAACUAAAAUUGGCUAUUUUCUGCUGUAUCAGCAGUAGUAGGAAUUACUCGGUGGGUUUAAAAAAAAAAAAUCAUCUGUAGCCUCUAACUGCUUCUUCCUAUACACUACAGAGAAGGUGUUAAUUCUCUCUGCUUUAGUCACUUUCCACAUUUUGUUUGAUUUCAUCUCUGAUACUCUAAGGCUUCUGAAUGGUGCUGGCUUUCUCAGCUUCCAUGGAUGAUGGACUUUUUUUCCCUGACUGCCUGUGACUGGAAAGGGGUGGUCUUGUUCAAUCUCUAAAUUAAAGCUCAACUCACACCCUCCUGCUGUGUCAGUGUUAGGAUCAGCUCUGUGAUUGUGAUUAUGAAUCAGAACUAACUUUACCUGUAUAAGAAAGAAAAUGCAUACCCCUUCUUAAAAGCAGCAGGUUUUUAUUCCGAAAAAGUGCAAGGUUGACUCAAAUGCCUGAAUUAAUAAAUAAAAAUACGGGCAAAAUAGGUAAUUACCUCUUCUAAAUUCACAUUCUGAGUAUUUCUAUCUGUGAUCAGGUGUGGAAAGUCAUCUAUGCAUUAUAAGCAGUGAUACUGGUGUAAAUACGGUCAGAAAAAAAUGAAAACAAAUAUUAAAUCCCAAAGUCACUCUCAUGUUUUGUUUCAUAUUUGCUUCAUCCCUGGGAUUUGCCAGACUGAAUUAGGUAGAAAUUAAUAGUUCCGUCCUGUUUCGUUUUGUGCAGCAUUUUAAGGCUUCACUGUUGUAUUUCCUUCUAUUGCUACAUGUUUUUCAGCCAUAUUUAAUAAAACCAGAAGAUUGCC